CUUCCUCUUUUAAAAAUGCUUCAUACUUUAGUUCCCAAUAACAAAGCCUCUUGGAAUUUUGUGUUUAGCUUGCUUGCUAGCUAACGAAUGAGGCUGAGCCUGCCAGAAAUGCAAAUCGAGUAAGAUUUGCCAUACGACACAGCAAUGGCAUAUACAAUAUACAUGUUAGGGAUAUUUCUGUAGCUUGUAUGUAAUUUUAGUUUGUAGUACAAUUGACGUUGCGUAAUCUGACAACAACAACAGCAACCCCGAGUGGCUCAAACACUGGCUAGCCAGCUAGUUAGAUAGCUAACGUUAACUGUAACGAAAUGUUCAUAUAAGAGCUAGCUAUUAAAUUUAGCUCAGUAUAAUCCGACUCGGUUCUCAUUCUUCAAUUUGAACACAUUUCGCUGAAUUUGCCAAGCAGGUAAGUGUUUUGGCUUUAGCAAACGUUACGUAGCAAGUCAUCAUUAGCUAAUGUAACGUUGAUGGCAAGCUAGCAAACGUUGGCUAGCUAGCUAAUAAUAUUGCCACUGUCAAGCAAGCUAGCGAAAAGUUAAUUCGCAUUUUGUGUAAUCUUUCAGGUCUGCUAAUUGUGUGUACCAUUUUGUUGAUUGUUGAGCUCUCUAACGUUAGUUUAUUGGUAACAUUACGUGUAUGUUAACUACCUAGCUACACACCAAUGCCCAUUUGAACUUCUUAGAAAUUGUUGGCAGGAGCCACAAAUGUAAUGACAUGAAAUGUAUGCUGCCAUACUGCUCUCUUGGGACACAUUCUGCUGUAGCGAUUUGUGAUACAGUUGCCGAGUUCACGUAGUAGUCGGAAGUAAGAAACUCGGAAAUGUCUGACUUGCUAACUGCUUGAACGUGUAUAACUACAACCAGUUAGUAAAUCGGAAAUUUCAGUUUCCUAGUUCCGACUAGCAGAUGAACCCGUCAUUCUGUUGGUACUGUGGGUGGCUGCCACCCAUUUAAAUUGAGUGUCACUUCUAAUAAUUUUUGUAAGUUAUUUUCAAUUGGAGAUUACAUUAAGUACCAAGCUUGAACAGACAGUUUGAUACCACAUCUUUAAAAAAAAUAAUCUUUAUUUUAACAUGGAAAAACAGACUGAGACCUGGAUCUCUUUUACGGCUGUGCCCUGUGUAAACAUGUUGACAUGUACAGUUUUAGACAUACAGACAAGAACAUUUCAAACAUGCAAAACAAAAACACAAUUCAACAGAAACAAUCACAGACAACAUCAUAUUGAUCCUCCAUAACAUUUUUUAAAUGGGCAAGGGACACCAGAGUGUCUAACUUAAGUUGUAUCUGCAGUUUGUUCCAUAAAUAAGGUGCAAAGGAAGUGAAGGCAGUCCUUCACUUAGUUGCUGACUAGAGAACAAGGCAACUUAUUCCACAAUUUUGUUUCUUCACACAGCAUGGGUUUACAGUGCCCGACUUAAUCAUACUAGCUACUUGCUGCUGAAUAAAAUACGAAUCGUUUUGUAUUUUUCAUCUGUUGCACAGCUUUUCAGCAUCCUGGUCUACUCUUCUCCUGCUCCUCCUGUCCUUUCUCAUCUUGGUCCUGUGCGCUAUGACAAUGCGUGUGGAUGCCAAAGUAGUUAUGCUUGGGAAGGAGAGUGUAGGAAAGACCAGCCUUGUAGAGAGAUAUGUCCACCACCGCUUUCUAGUUGGCCCCUACCAGAACGUGAGUAUCAGUUAAUUUCCUAGGGCAGUGUGUGAUUCCAACUUGAUGUGUGGGAUGCUCUCUCUGCUUGUGUGUGAAGGCUCUUUCUCAAUAUUUGACUUGCUACAUUUUUUCUGUCUUUCUUUGAUAGACUAUUGGUGCUGCAUUCGUUGCCAAACCAAUCCAGGUGGGAGAAAAGGUGGUUACCCUGGGAAUAUGGGUGAGUGAAGACGACUGAUGUCAUCCUAUGUAAAAUACAAUGGGAAAUAAAUUUUCAUGAGUCUCUAUACUCCUUAUUGCAUUGUCUGGUUAAUUAUAAUCCCUGGGAAAUAAAUAAAUGAAUUAAUGAAUCCAUUGUAGCCUGAUAUGGGGUAGCUACUGGCUAUGUGUGCAUAGACUAUAAGUGAUUCCUUCUCUGCAACCCAGGACACGGCUGGAUCAGAGCGCUAUGAGGCUAUGAGUAGAAUCUACUACAGAGGAGCCAGGGCUGCCAUUGUCUGCUAUGGUAAGUCCUUAUCCCCAUGGAAUGACACUAUCAAUAGCACUCUGUCUAGGUUUAUUAUUGUCUAUGUUUUUGACAUUGUCUACAGUUUUGUUUUGCUACUAUGGAGUUCUUAUAUCCUAAAUGUUUAAUUGAGGAAAUUUUUGUUGAGAGCAAUUAACGUUUCUGCAUGUUGUGAAUUGUGCUCACGUGUCCUGCACUCAUAUUUCCCUCAUUGGGGGAAUUUUCAUAGUUUGGAAAAUAUCUGAUGAGGCAUUUACCACAGUUGAUGACUAAAUUUUCUUUUUUAGUUUUAGCUGGUUCUGUUUUUAGUGUGGUUUUUAUGGGCUGAUUUACAUUGCAACAGUACUAUUUAGUAAUAGUAAUACAGAAUAUUCUAGGUCGAAUACACUUUUAUAACUGUGAAAACAUACAUAAUGUUUUAGUUUUGAGUCAAGUUUUGUGUUGUCAUUGAUCUUUAUUUGUGUGACUUUCGCUCCUGUAGAUUUGACAGACACCAGCAGUUUCCAGCGAGCUAGAUUCUGGGUGAAGGAGGUGCAAAACUGUGAAGAGGUUAGAGACCCUUUCAUAAAAACACAACUCACUUGCCAUGAUGGGUAUUGCCCUAUAUAUUAUCCUAUGUAACUGCUCACAAUGACACUGAUUUCCUCUAUGAUCUCCAUUGAAGCACUGCAAGAUAUACCUGUGUGGCACAAAGAUUGACCUGAUUGAGAGUGACCGGGGCCUGCGGCAAGUAGACUACCAUGAUGUUCAGGAUUUUGCUGAUGGUAAAUUGCUAUGAUAAUCCUCAUCACUAACUCCCACUUAAUCUUACCAGACAUCAAUCAAUCAAAUCUAUUUAUAAAGCCAUUUUUACACCAGCAGAUUAGUAUAAGGACUGGCUGUUUUAGAGUCAUUUAUGUUUAUUAUUUUUUCAUUCUCAUCUACAGAGAUUGGGGCUCAGCAUUUUGAAACAUCCAGUAAAACAGGCAACAACGUGGGUAAGUGACACCUCAUGGUCAGUUCAUUUCAAAUCUAGGUUGUAGUCUCAUAAAACUACAUUUCCCGAAAAAUGCAGCAGUAGACUCAUAUUCUCUUUUAACCGCAUUCCAGAUGAGCUGUUUCAAAAAGUUGCAGAGGACUUCAACAGCAUCUCCUUCCAAUUCAUGACCGGUGAGACUUUGGCUCUCUUCUUAGAUAUUGCUUCUAUAGUUUACAGUUGAAGUCGGAAGUUUACAUACACUUAGGUUGGAGUCAUUAAAACUCGUUUUUCAACCACUCCACAAAUUUCUUGUUAACAAACUAUAGUUUUGGCAAGUCGGUUAGGACAUCUACUUUGUGCAUACUUUUUCCAACAAUUGUUUACAGACAGAUUAUUUAACUUAUAAUUCACUGUAUAACAAUUCCAGUGGGUCAGAAGUUUACAUACACUAAAUUGACUGUGCCUUUAAACAGCUUGGAAAAUUCCAGAAAAUGAUGUCAUGGCUUUAGAAGCUUCUGAUAGGCUAAUUUACAUCAUUUGAGUCAAUUGGAGGUGUACUUUACACUUUACACUUUAGUCAUUUAGCAGACGCUCUUAUCCAGAGCGACUUACAGUUAGUGAAUACAUAUUUUAAAUUUUAAUUUUAAUUUUUGUAUUUUUUUAUACUGGCCCCCCGUAUGUAUUUCAAGGCCUACCUUCAGACUCAGUGCCUCUUUGCUUGACAUCAUUGGAAAAUCAAAAGAAAUCAGCCAAGACCUCAGAAGAAAAAUUGUAGACCUCCACAAGUCUGGUUCAUCCGUGGGAGCAAUUUCCAAACGCCUGAAGGUACCGCGUUCAUCUGUACAAACAAUAGUACGCGGACCACGCAGCCGUCAUACCGCUCAGGAAGGAGACGCGUUCUGUCUCCUAGAGAUGAACGUACUUUGGUGCGAAAAGUGCAAAUCAAUCCCAGAACAACAGCAAAGGACCUUGUGAAAAUGCUGGAGGAAACAGGUACAAAAGUAUCUAUAUCCACAGUAAAACGAUUCCUAUAUCGACAUAACCUGAAAGGCCACUCAGCAAGGAAGAAAUCACUGCUCCAAAACCGCCAUAAAAAAGCCAGACUACGGUUUGCAACUGCACAUUGGGACAAAGAUCGUACUUUUGGAGAAAUGUCCUCUGGUCUGAUGAAACAAAAAUAGAACUGUUUGGCCAUAAUGACCAUCGUUAUGUUUGGAGGAAAAAGUGGGUGGCUUGCAAGCCGAAGAACACCAUCCCAACCGUGAAGCACGGGGGUGGCAGCAUCAUGCUGUGGGGGUGCUUUGCUGCAGGAGGGACUGUUGCACUUCACAAAAUAGAUGGCAUCAUGAGGAAGGAAAAUUAUGUGGAUAUAUUGAAGCAACAUCUCAAGACCUCAGUCAGGAAGUUAAAGCUUGGUCACAAAUGGGUCUUCCAAAUGGACAAUGACCCCAAGCAUACUUCCAAAGUUGUGGGAAAAUGGCUUAAGGACGACAAAGUCAAGGUAUUGGAGUGGCCAUCACAAAGCCCUGACCUCAAUCCUAUAGAAAAUUGGGGGGCAGAACUGAAAAAGCGUGUGCGAGCAAGGAGGCCUACAAACCUGACUCAGUUACCCCAGCUCUGUCAGGAGGAAUGGGCCAAAAUUCACCCAACUUAUUGUGGGAAGCUUGUGGAAGGCUACCCAAAACGUUUGGCCGAAGUUAAACAAUUUAAAGGAAGUGCAACCAAAUACUAAUUGAGUGUAUGUAAACUUCUGACCCACUGGGAAUGUGAUGAAAUAAAUAAAAGCUGAAAUAAAUCAUUCUCUCUACUAUUAUUCUGACAUUUCACAUUCUUAAAAUAAAGUGGUGAUCCUAACUGACCUAAGACAGGGAUUUUUUUACUAGGAUUAAAUGUCAGGAAUUGUGAAACUGAGUUUAAAUGUAUUUGGCUAAGGUGUAUGUAAACUUCUGACUUCAACUGUAGCUGUCAGUGCACAUUUAGUCUGCAAUGGUAGUAUUACUAUUAUGAAUUGUCACUCUCAAUUGCCACUGUGGUGAAUUAUUGCUUUCCUGAAUGGGUAUGUUUGACACUUCUCUGCUCUCUUUACAGAAGAGACAGGUAUUGACUUGGGUCAGAAGAAGGACUCUUAUUUCUAUUCCUGCUGCCACAGUUAAGCCUUUACUGGUAGACAGCGGUCACUUGCCCUAAAACCAACCUGGAAAUGUUGAAUGGAUGCUACACAUCCCACCUGGAGCCGUUCAUUUAAAAUCAGAGAAAGAAAGAGAGGAGUCCAAGCAGUACUGUGUUUUUUUUGGUUGCUUUUUUCAGUUGUGCCAUAGAAGGCUAAAUGCCUACUGCAUUUAAAGGAGAGUUCAUAAUGAUUGGACUUCCCCUCUCCCAGGACAAAAGACCUGCCAAGGGUGAUAUCGGAAUGAAGCAGACAAGGAAAUAGCACGUCAACCCCACUUAAAAAAAAAAAAAAGUUAUUUUCCU